AUGACAGCAGAAUGUGCAGAAUGUAAAAUAAACCCAGUACAUGUAAACUCAUUCACUGGGCAGGCAGCAGAGUUUUGCUCGAACAGGUGUCGCAGAGAGGCUGUAAAGAAAGACAAAGCAGAAACUGGAGGCGUCAUUCGUCGCCGGCAGCCAGUUUCGCAAGUCCCACCUACACAACGACACUCUGCACCUGCAUUGAGCCAACAUGAACAAAUAAUAUUAUCAACGCCGUCAAAAUAUAAUGUUAUGCAUAAUAACCAGACUACCUUGUCGUUGGGCAGCGCUUCCACAAGUGCAAGUCAACAGUUGCCAAUGGUAGAAACAGGGAGGAAUCAUUUGCGUAAAUUACGGCCAUUACAGGAAGAUCGCACAACGGAGGAUAAACCAACGUGUCGGGUUUGUUUAGCAAAGCCGUGUUGGAAGGAUAGCAAAAGAGGAACUUAUUCUCCUUACUGUUCACGGACAUGUAAAGAGAAGGCGCAAGGUGACAUUUCUUCCUCGUCUUUGGUUUCUGUACAGCCUCUGUAUCCGGAUCAACCUACCAUUACGAAUUAUACUUCAUUCACGCAAUCACAUUUAUGCUCCGAGAUCAAUGUUCCACUCGAUGUCAAUCGCCAAAGUAAUCGUCGCCCGAACUUACCGCCGUUGCCACUCCGCUCAGCAGCGGAUCCACACCAACCCCCUGGUAAUCCGUGCAAUCCAUUUGAUGAGCCGCCACCCUAUUGGGAAGCGCCGCCGGCAUAUGACCCUGGGCCUGAUGCUCAUAAAUAUCAUACAGGCGAGAAGUCGACAAGAGAUGAUAGGUACAACCAAGACGAUCCAUACGAUUUUAGGAAAUAUUCUAAUAAGGGUUAA